GGCAGGGACGACAUUUGACAGAUUUCCCCACGCCCAAGCUUUUAACCUGAGUCACCUACUCACCCGUUAUAUUACCCGGUUACAAAUACAGAAGACCGGAAGCAUAUCGAAGCUUGUAGAAUUGUCUGAUUACGAAUUGAGAAGAUAGUAGAGCCAUGGGUUGGGUUUGGAAGGACGACGUAGACAACGGCGACGGGGACGUCGAUACAAGCCCCGGCCAAUUAUCCUCCACCGCCGAGGACAGAUGCUAUACAAAGAAGAUAGUAUCUUCUAAUUGCAAAACGGAAGAGGUUGAGCCUGGCAAGUUCAUCCGCAAGUGCGAGAAAACCGAGCAGCUUAUCAAGGAUUGCGUCGGAAGGCCAUCAGAAGUUUUGCAGAGUAACAAAGAAUACACUGAAGAAGAUAUAACAGAGCAGGUGCUCAAAGGAUCUUCGUCCAUUGGUUCAUCACCGAGUGAGAUGUUUUCCUUCCCUGGACUGCGUAGUGAUAUCGAUGCCAUUGAAAAAGGCAUCUUUAGUAGCAUGCACCGUUUCUUUGAUGCAGCGGAGGAGAUGAGGAAUGGUUUCUUUGGUGCUUUUGGGACGCCAAACAUAUAUGACAGGGAUUCACAAGCCUGGCCUUCUACCAGAAGGGGUAUCCCUGUCGAAGGCAAGCCUCCAAAAGACGCAUCUCCGAAAUCUGAUGACAGUGAUGGACAUGUUGAUCUUUCUGCGAUGGCUAAAGAUGUUUAGAGUAUAAUUCGCUUAAGAUAAUAUGAACUAUGUUAUGUGGUAACGACAGAAUUAUGUUUUGUCGUAAUGACUUGUCAACUUGGUUGCUUGUGUAUGUGAUCUUUUGUGUUGCCAGUAACUGAGAUAUAGGUUGCAGUUAUUACUGAAUAAAAAAUAAGUACAUAUGCAGGACUGA